CUCUCUUUUAAGAAUCAACGACACCCGAAAAACAAUAGUCUAUUACGGUCAACCUAGGCUCUUCAAACUCAUAUAUCAAAUAUCUUAGUCAUGUCUUCUCCUCUUCGUAUUGGCUACGUGCCAGAGCACUUCUCAACUCCCCUCUAUUUUGCUCAGAAGCACUUUGGUCUUGAUGCGGAGCUGAUUCCCUUCCCUUCAGGCACCGGCCACAUGGUUACUGCUAUUCGAGCUGGUGAGAUUGAUGUAGCUGUUGGUUUGACUGAGGGUUGGAUUGCGGGUCUAGGUAAGGAGGGCGUUGAGGGUGAUGGCGGAUAUCGUCUCGUUGGCACAUAUGUCGAGACACCUCUUUGCUGGGCUAUCUCUACUGGUGCAAAGCGACCUGAGAUCACCUCUGUUGACUCCCUCAAGGGCGGCAAGAUCGGUGUUUCACGCAUUGGCUCAGGAAGUUACGUGAUGGGCUUUGUCCUAGCCGAUCAGCAAGGCUGGUUGACCCCUGGCGCUGCAGAGAAGCCCUUCUCCGAUACAGUUGUUCUCAACAACUUUGAGAAUCUUCGAAAUGCCGUCAACAGUGGCGAGGCCGACUUCUUCAUGUGGGAGCAUUUCACCUCCAAGAAGUUCUACGACUCUGGUGAGAUUCGCCGCGUUGGCGAGAUUUACACUCCCUGGAGCAGCUGGAAGAUCGUUGCUUCUACGAAUCUCACCCAGAAUGGUCUAGAUGCCCGUGUCAAGGACCUAUUUGGAAAGCUGGAUCAGGGUAUCACGCACUUCAAUGACAAUCAAGAGGAAGCUGUCGCGUACAUCUCAAGCAGCCUCGGAUACACAGAGCCUGAUGCCCGAGAGUGGCUCAAGACUGUCCGAUUCCCUGCCAAAACUGAGGGUGUCCAGGCUGAGGUUGUUCAAAACACGGUAUCCAUCUUGAGAAAAGCGGGAGUUUUGGCUGAAGGCAAGGGCAUGGAGCCUCAGGCCAUGGUGUUCUCGUCAUAAGCUGGCCUUAAUGACCGAUCAAUUAGCAAAAAAUAUGAACUAGCAACUCCAAAUUUAUGACUUUUCGUCAAUUUGAUCUUUUUCCUUCCCG